ACAAAAUCCUAUUUUUGUUGGAUUUUUGAACAAUUGAAGUGAAGUUGCAUUCUAGAAGUAAAAACACCAAAGAAUCAUCGAACCAUGGCAUCUGCAGAUCAGAAGCAAAACAUUGUUUCAGCUCUAAGCAAGCACCUCUCAACCCUGUCAUUAGACCCAAAUUCGGAUAAGGACAUUAAAAGCUUGUGUACAGAAAUUUUAAAUUCUUCCCAAAAAGAUAAUGAGUUAGUGAAAUGGGUGGAGUUCGCCAGUAACUUCCCUGUUGAUUCUGGGGCAAGCUUUAAAGCUCUAAGUAAGUUGAAUGAGGAUUUGAGUAAAAAGUCUGUUAUUUUGGGCAAUGGGCUCAAGAUUUCAGCAGCUGAUAUAGUUGUUUUUGCAUCGGUGUAUUCAUCCGUGAUUAGUCUUUCAAACUCUGACAGAAACAAAUUGCCGCACUUGCUUAGAUGGAUGGACUAUAUCCAGCGCAAAAAAGCGACAGGGGCUCGUCUCGCUUCAAAAGCGACAGGGGCUCGCCUCGCUUCAAAAGCGAAGCGCACACUUCAUUGA